GGGGAGGAUGAUAACCUGUUUCCUAAACAUCACUGAGUGCUGUUUCCUGCAGUCAGCAGGGGGCGACACUGAGUGACUCUCCACCUGCACCAUGAAAACACUGAGUGCUGCUUAAAGAGACAAGCCUCCGAGCACCAGACAGACCACACUGUGUGUGUGCGUCACAUAGGUUGUAUGAGCUUGCGAAACUUUCAUAAAGGGGAAGUGAUGUGAACUCUGUGAAGAUCAUCAGUGGUCAGUUUCUAAUUCCUCCUGUGUCGUUUCCUCUGCGCUCGUUCAGCACUGAAGUGCCUUGAACAUGGAGAUGACCCACCUGAGGACUUUAUUGCUGCUCACAUGUGGCGUCUCAGGACUCGGUCCGUCAUCAGCCCAGUCUGGGGGGCAGCAAGUGCAAGGAAUCAUGGGAGAAUCUGUCACAUUUCCUGUCCCGGUGUAUAAUAGAGGCUUUCUGUACUACAACGAUCUUGGGGCUGUAGCUGGAGUGUGGAAGGGGACUGGAGAUACUGAGCUGAAGGACAAGUUUAGAGACAGACUGCAGUGGGACAAACAGACUGGACUCUUCACCAUCACUGAGCUGAAACUACAGGAUGAAGGACAGUAUAAAGUGGACGACAGUGAUGGACAGAAGAUCACCACAUUCCAGCUGACAGUGUACAGGCGAGUGUCCAAACCCACAGUGGACACACAGAUCUGCUCAGUAUUGUGUUCAGUGGAGAACGACAGAGAUGUAACCCUGUCCUGGACCAGAGGGAAGGAGAUCCUGAACCAGACCAGAGAGAAGGAAAUCCUGAUCCAGACCAGCAGUCCUCAUCUCAACACCACCCUGUCUCUCCGUCUGGACAUAGAAAGACACCCAGAGACUUACUACUGUGAAGUGAAGAACCCAGUGAGCUCAGAGCGCCUUCGAGUGGACAGUGAGGAGCACUGCGCUCCAACCAAGACCACGCAGGUGAAUUUGAGAUACAUCCCUGUGAUCCCCUCAGCCGCUCUCCUCGUCUUCCCAGGAGUCUUUCUGUUUUACUUCAUCAAACAGAAGCCUGGAGAUGACGAUGGAGAUGAAAUCAAGACACUGGAAUCUACAAGCAGAGGCGAUAGAGGAAAAUGACUGGAACUGAAGAUGAAUGUGUCCAUUGAAGGACUUGAAACACAUCUAAUGAGUUCAAAUCAGUGGUGUUUACAGUAGUCCAAGGCAAACCUCAAGUAAAAACAGACUUUAACUAUAUUUAGUAGAGUUUUCCUGUAAAAUUAUGAAAAAGUGUUCAUGGCAUUCAGAAGUUAUUGUAACCAGCUGUGUUACUGUGUGUUUGGGCAGGAAGAUGUGUUUAUUGUACAUAGCUGAACUGUGGAUAAAUUGAAAACAAAGGGUUCAACCACUAGGGCGAUUUAUGGGGAAAUUAAUGGGUUGACUGUUUGGUGGUGCGUGAGAGAAAGCCUUGUGGGCUCUCAGUAGGCUCGGAAGGCUGGUUUGAAGUACAGGUCCUGGACGAAAAGGGGUUUUCGUACCGAGAGCAUUAUUUCGCUGUGCGCCGGUGUUCAAAGAAACGUUCAAAAUGAACGCUACCUCUGCGUCCUUCUUUGCCCCAUCGAAACCCACAGUGCUGCGGGCCACAUUAUAUUCAGUGCUAAAUUAAAACAAAUAUUGCAGUAAAUCUUAUUACUUACAGCAUUAUCAUAGAUGGAUAUGUCAUAACUGGAUGCCCAUAAUUAAAAUAAAACUUGAAAAAAUGUUCUCUUAAAAAUAUGGCAUCCUAGUGCUGCUGUCGUCCAGCAUCACCCCUUCUUUUACAAAGCACGUGCAGUUGUUUCCACUUUUAAACUCAGCCGC